AUGAUAUUCUGGGAAAAGCGAAGGGAUCAAAAGCAUGUUGCAUCGUUUGAUACCCGCAACCCUUCCGGCUUAAUGCGCAGAGAGAAGACCGACAUUCCAGCAGAGCGACUGGCUGGCUUCUCUUCCAACGUCGCCGCUGAUGGUUAUGGGGCUUGCAUUCUGUUUCACAUAUCUCGAAACUGGAUCAAAAGGCUUAUAUCGGUUUGCCAUGGAGCAGCACUGUCCAACAGAUGGGCCUCUGCUACUCUUGUUUUCGUCCUUGGAUCUCGGCCGCUGAGCCCAGACCAUAAGGGACCUUGA